CUUUGAACUCCUUUAUUGAGUCCUGUUACUUAACCCCGGCCUCUUGAUUGAUAUCGCGACCUCCGCUGUGAUGUCUCGACGCGCCACGCCGUCUCAGGCUGCUCAAAACCAACAGGUUAUCAAGAGCCUGCUGAAACUCGAACAAAACAAGACAUGUGCUGAUUGCAAGCGCAACAAGCACCCGCGCUGGGCAUCAUGGAAUCUUGGUAUUUUCAUCUGUAUCCGUUGCUCGGGAAUUCACCGGGGCAUGGGCACGCAUAUCAGUCGGGUCAAGUCCGUAGAUCUUGAUUCAUGGACGGAUGAACAACUUCAGAGUGUUGUGAAAUGGGGUAACGCUAGGGCAAACAAAUAUUGGGAAGCCAAGUUGGCGCCCGGCCACGUCCCCUCGGAAGCGAAGAUUGAGAACUUCAUCAGAACCAAGUAUGAGUCGAAGAGAUGGGUUAUGGAUGGUCCAAUGCCCGAUCCCUCGACCCUAAGUGAUGGUGAUGACGACGUGCCCCUCGCAGUUGUCCAGGAGAAGGCCAAACUUGAGCGCUCCGCAUCCCAGCGAGUGGCGACGGCCAGUCAACCUGCCGUCCAUCAUCGUCCUCAAGCUUCCGUCGACCUCUUCGGUGACGAUAUCUCUCCUCCCGCGCGCCCCAGUACAACGGAGCCUGCAACUAGAGCGGCUCCCAAGCAGCCCCAGUCUGCGCCCCCUGCUAAGCCUGCUGCCCGUCCUGGAGAUUCGUUGUUGGGACUCGACUUUUUCGGCAGCACACAGCCUGCGCCAACCAGCCGUCCGGCCAGCACUGCAUCCACCCCUACUGGUUCAACCGGAAUGUCUCGCCCGGACCUGAAGCAAUCUAUCCUGUCUCUUUAUUCGAAGCCAACGCCUGCUCCGAUGCAGCAUGAACGCACGUCCUCCUUUGGAGAUCUGACUUCCCCGCCGCCCCAGUCGGCGUCAUCAUCCAACUUCGGUGGCUUGACCGAUGCUUUCAGCGGGCUGAGCAUCCCCUCCACCACUUCUCCCCCGCCUGCCAAACCGGCUGCCAAACCGGCUGAGAAGCCUUCGCCAUUCGCCAAUCUUGCAAACUUCGCCAGCAUGAAGUCUACCCCAGCGGCUCCAAAGGUCUCUUCACCUACUCUCUCCGUCGGUACUGGGGGAGGCGGCAGUUUGUUCGACAGCCUUACUUCUCCUACUCUGCCACCAGCGAAGCCCCAGUCCCGGAAUGCGUCUUUCUCUUCGAAUGGCUUUGAUUCGGGAUUUACUAGCUUCGCUUCCGCGGCUCCGUCUAAGCCCAACCCACCGUCGUCCUCAUUCUCAAAUGAUUUGCUCGGCUUCUCUUCCCCCCCAGCAAAGGCCGCUGCACUCCCGCCUCCAGUGUCUGCUCCCAAUUCACAGAACGAAUUAAAAUCUGCGUUCAACCUUACACCCGCCCCUGCGCCUGCCCCAGCACCGAGACCGGCCUUCUCGCCCCCAACGGCCUCCGUUGCUAGUGCGCUUCCGCCGUCCAGCAUUGACCCGUGGGGAGGCAAUGCCUGGAGUACGCCUGCUCCUGCUCCGGCACAAUCUGCUGCAUCUUCAAUGAUGAAGAUUCCGGACACUCUAACCGCCAAUGAUCUUGGUGGUGGCUGGGGAGCGCCGACGUCGCCGGCUGCGGUUUCUAAGCCAACCCCAACAGUCGCCGCUGACGAGGACUUCGGUGGUUGGACCAGUGCAGCACCAAUUUCUUCGACUACCGUUACCUCUAAUAACACAUCUAAUACGUCCAACUCCUCCAAACCGGCUGGCGGGUUUGGCGGGGCUGAUGAUCUGUUCUCCAACGUUUGGGAGUAGGCUUCUUCCUUCGACUUUGCAUUCGUCAACUUUGCACAUACCUAGUCUCAACAAAUCCAGAUUAGACAUGAACAUCAACUCCAAAUGUUAUCCCACAUUUAUCCGAACUUCACUUCUCUUAAGAUCUGCUUGCUUGCUUCCGCGCCCUUCUCUUUUGGGACCUUAAUUAGUCAUGAUUCAAUAUGAAUGACCCUCUAAGAAAAGAGUGUUGGGUGGUCUUAGGAAUUCGCGCUUGGCGUCAUGGCAUGUAUUGUACAAACAAAAGAA